AAUCAGGCCCGCAAGACUGUUGAUAUUUGUAGGAUGUAUCGUAAAAACUGAAAACAUGUUUGAAAAAUAAAAAGAGAAAGGGAACACAGAAACAGUUUUAGGACAGAUCCAAUGCAUGCGUCAUAUGGAUUGAGUGUUGAAAAGAGGGAAAGAGGGGGCUGGGGGGCACCCGUCGCCGAGAUUGAGAGAGUAGCGCAUGCAGUCGCAGUGAUUCCAUAAAACGCGGCGUUUCCGAUACGAGCUUCUGCGGACUCUUUCAGCAUUCACGCUUUUUUCUCUAUCUUUGUCUUUUCUUCUGCUUUUUUUUGGGUCUGGACGCAACUCAUUCAAACUUGUCUCUAGGCUCUUAACCGAGAUUGCCUCCUAGCAAAUCGGUUUUGUUUCGGGGAAUGCGCGGCUGGGUUUUGGGCGGGGGAGCUCGUGAUCCUUGAAUUGAGAGUUUGUUAUGAGAAUAGAAUAGAAGCCUCCUCGUCUAUGAAGGCAUUCAAAUCAUGGAGGUGGCUGUUUAGAAAAAGAAAUGCCGUCUUUGAUGGGGGUGUGCAGGGAAAACCAGGAUUUAAUAAGAUGAAACAACUUCCUUUUAUGGGAAUUGUAUGUAUUGUAAUGCUGGUCAUUGUAUACAGAACCACAAAUUAUCAGUAUCAACAAACAGAGAUGGAAACAAAAUUUCAACCCUUUGGCACAGUAGAGGGCCUAGCAUCUAUGACUUUGGUUAAUUUACCACGUGGUAUAAUUCAAGCUCGUUCAGAUUUGGAGUUAAGGCCUCUAUGGUCAACAAGUAGUUCAAGGUCAAAGGUUGAUGAUUCCAGCGAGCAUAAUUUGCUGGCAAUUCCAGUUGGUAUUAAGCAGAAGUAUAAUGUUGAUGCCAUUGUUGAAAAGUUUCUUCCAGAGAAUUUUACAAUCAUUCUAUUCCAUUAUGACGGAAAUGUGGAUGGGUGGUGGGAUCUUGAUUGGAGUAGCAAGGCCAUACACAUAGUUGCUCAGAACCAAACAAAAUGGUGGUUUGCAAAACGCUUUCUACAUCCAGAUGUUGUAUCCAUUUAUGAUCACAUCUUCCUUUGGGAUGAAGAUUUGGGAGUUGAAAAUUUUCACCCAAGAAGAUACUUGGACAUCAUGAAAUCAGAAGGACUAGAGAUUUCUCAACCAGCUUUAGACCCAAAUUCUACAGAUAUACAUCACAGGAUCACCAUCCGGAAAAGAAUGAAGAAGGUUCAUAGAAGAGUCUGGGACCUUAGAGGUAGUGUGAAGUGUUCAAAUAUUAGUGAAGGACCACCAUGCACUGGUUUUGUAGAAGGAAUGGCUCCUGUAUUUUCAAGAUCUGCCUGGCGUUGUACUUGGCAUCUCAUACAGAAUGAUCUUGUGCAUGGAUGGGGAAUGGAUAUGAAACUUGGGUAUUGUGCACAGGGGGACCGGACAAAAAAGGUGGGAGUCAUUGAUAGUGAAUUCAUUGUUCAUCAGGGCAUACAAACUCUGGGUGGUGGCAGUCCCUCUGCAAAAAAGGUUUCAAAAGAUACGUUUCUUGACGAAACAGUGAAGAGACAAGGUGCUCCUGCUGUUGAUACACGAUCUGAGAUUAGAAGGCAGUCAACAUGGGAGCUUCAUGUCUUCCGAGACCGGUGGGAUAAAGCUGUAAAAGAGGAUAGGAAGUGGGUUGAUCCAUUUAAGAAAAUUCAAAGACGCCGCAUCCAAAAACGCAAAAGCCAUCAAUUCUGAGCUGAACCUCACCAAGCUGCUCAGAAUUCUGAGUUGGCCUUCAUACAGCUGCAGUUAGUCUCACCUAUACUUUGUAACACUGUAGGAUCCAUUGAAUCCUCAUAAUUAGUUCAUUAUUUGAAAUCAUUAUAGGUUUUGUAUUUGGUCACUCAUGUAUCUAGUUGUUGUAACUGUUUUUGAUCCUGUAUUUUCUUCAUGCCUUCAAUAUAAAGGAUAGUUAUCCACAAUGUUGAUUAUAGUGGGAAACAAAGAACUAAGAAUUAUUUUACUGUACAUUGAAUCACAUUCCUUGGGAUCUUCCAGUUCUUGGAGGUUUUUUCCUUGAUGGUUGUGUCCUGGUUUGAAUCCAUAAUCCAGUUUGUUGUCA